AUGGAGUCAGAGGAUGAUCAAGUUUAUAUUCCUCAAGUAAAGGCAGAGCUGAUGCCUAUAUUGCACCAAGAGUUUGAAACAAUAGAUGAUGUUGUUGCUUUCUACAAUAGAUAUGCAAAAGAAGCAGGGUUUAGUAUCAGAAGUCAUUCUAGUGCAACCAACAAAGAUAAUACCCAACUUAUGAGGAAGGAGUACGUCUGUUAUAAGCAAGGAACUUCCAAAGUUGAAGGAGAAAAACGUAAGAGAGGAUUACCAAAAGUGGGUUGUAAAGCAAGAAUUGCAGCUGUGAGAAAGAAGGAGUCUGGGAGAUAUGCAAUCUCUGUAUUUGUCGAGGGUCAUAACCACCCAUUAACAAGCCCACCUAGAGCAGGUGGCAUUGAGAAUAUUGGUUGUACACAGCGUGAUCUGUAUAAUUAUGGAAGAACUUGUCGUGAAGCGAAGAAGGGGCAUGAUGGAGAUCUAUUGUACAUGCAUUUUCAAAAUGAGAAAGAAAAAGAUCCUUCUUUUGUCUAUACAAUGGAGUCAGAUGAGGAAAACAGAGUAACAAGGUGCUUUUGGGCUGACUCAAUUUCAAGACGAGCUUACAGCUUUUAUGGAGAUGUAAUUAUCUUUGAUACUACAUACAACACAAAUCGGUAUGGAAUGAUUUUUGCACCAUUCACUGGUGUUAAUAAUCAUGGGCAGACAAUCAUCUUUGCUUGUGCAUUCUUAAAUGAUGAGACAGCCGAUUCUUUUGUUUGGUUAUUCAAGGAACUUCUAAAUGAGAAAGAAAAAGAUCCUUCUUUUGUCUAUACAAUGGAGUCAGAUGAGGAAAACAGAGUAACAAGGUGCUUUUGGGCUGACUCAAUUUCAAGACGAGCUUACAGCUUUUAUGGAGAUGUAAUUAUCUUUGAUACUACAUACAACACAAAUCGGUAUGGAAUGAUUUUUGCACCAUUCACUGGUGUUAAUAAUCAUGGGCAGACAAUCAUCUUUGCUUGUGCAUUCUUAAAUGAUGAGACAGCCGAUUCUUUUGUUUGGUUAUUCAAGGAACUUCUAACUGCUAUGCUAGGAAAUGCACCAGAAAAUGCCCCCAAAAUGAUUAUUACUGACCAAGAUCCUGCUAUGACUAAAGCCAUUUCAGAAGCACUCCCACAAACAUUUCAUAGAUAUUGUAGUUGGCACAUUCUAAAUAAAUUUUCUGAAAAGCUAGAUCCGAUUAAAUAUCGGGAUUACUACCAAGACUUUCAUAGCUGCAUAUGGAAUUCAAGUAGUAAAGAGGAGUUUGACUCAAGAUGGAUUGAAAUUACUAAGAAGAGUGGGUUGAGUGAUAACAAGUGGUUGGAGUCAAUAUAUGAAAUUCGUUCGUCAUGGAUACCAGCACAUGUAAAUCAUGUUUUCUCAGCAGGAAUGUCAAGUAGUCAAAGAGCUGAGAGUCAACAUUCUUUCUUCAAAAAUUAUGUUUCUGAUCAGAAUUCGUUGGUGGAAUUUAUGGUUCAGUUUAAGAGGGGACUUCUUCACCAACGCCAUUAUGAGUUAGAGGAGGAUCAUAUUAAUAUUGAUGAGAAGCCAAAAACUGUCAUGUCCCUUGACAUAGAAGAUUAUAUGGCUAAGGUUUAUACACGUAAGCUAUUUUAUGAAGUUCAAGAACAAUUGAAAGAGAGCUUCAAAUAUAAACUAGAACUUCUAAGAGAAAAUGCCACUCAUUGCUUGCUUAAGGUUAUGCGAAAGAACAUUGAUACUUGUAAAUCUCGUGAACUGACUUAUGAAAAAGCUUUUGAUUUUGCAUCAUGCAGUUGUAGAAAGUUUGAGAGUGAAGGCCUUCCAUGUCGGCAUGUUUUGUCAUAUUUGAUUAAAAUCCAAGAUGUUGAUAAAUUGCCUAUUCAGUACAUCUUGAAGAGAUGGACUAAAGCUGCAAGACAAAGUCUUGUGUUAGAUUCUGAUGGAAUGGAGGUAAAAGAUAACAAAGCUUUACUUGCAAGGAGGACUAAACUAUUCCAGCAUGCUAUAGAUGCAAUUGAUAAGGCAAUGGUGAGUGAUGAGGCUAGUCAGCUCUUUAUGGAAUGCUUGGAUGCGUUCUUGGAGAAUAUUAAAACAUUGAUUGGUAAUGAAAGUGGACAACGUGUAGUAGUUUUGGAGACCAAGAUUGAUGCUAUUUAG